AUGCCCACCAAGCCGAGAUCGACGAAAUGUCCCACCGUCCAUACGACCUUACAAGCCAUCCACCGAACGAACGGGACGCUGAAGACCCGCGCCGACCAGGACGCACUGCUUCGCAAACUCCUGCACAAUCACGACCCCGCUCUGGACGAGGCGCAAGUGACCGCAGAACUGGCCACUUACCGACGGCAGCUGUCCCAUAUGCUGGGGAGGCAUGGCGAGCGUGACGUCCGCGACAAGAACUACAGUAUCAAAGCAAAAGCGAUUCACAACCUCUUCGUCGUGGGCCCCGUGGGUAUGCUAGAUCAGAGUUUCCUCGACACCAUGGAUGCUUUCACAGACAGCGGCGACGACGAAGAUGCUGAAGGUGAAGACGAAGACGCAGAUGGAAGCGAGGCCAUGCCUGGUCCACCGUCGAGACCGUUCAAGUCAACACCAAUAAAGCUCAAACUUCACAAAGCUCGAGCUUCGAGCGCUACCGCAGCACCCACCCGCUCACGGACAGGCGCGGGCCUCGGCGAAGACUUCGACUUCCAAGCGAGCGAAGAAGACGACAACAGGGCCGAGUCUGAGCCUGCGACUCCGCAGAGUGAGCCAAGACCUCGAUCGAAGCUGCCAGCCAGGAAAGGAGCUAGCAGGGACAUCAAGCCGCUUUCAAAAACAUCCAACAGCCACAAGCGCAAAGCAAGCACAAUCAUCACCAUCGACGACAGUGAGGAUGUGGCGCGGCCCAAGUCCAAGCAGAGGUUGAUGGCGCCUGUUUCGAACGCUGCAGCUGAAUGGGCGGUUCCCGCCGGAUACACAUCUGCACGAGCUCAAGAGGCGAUCCCAGGAUCAAGCAGGCUGCGCGCACCGAUAAAUUACGAAGAAACUGAAGAUGACCUUCUACCAUCCCUACCACCCAGACCAAACAUUCCAAAGGCACAAUUCGGAGAGAUGGCAGGCGGCAAGUCCAAACGCCGGGAUCGCAGCAGCAGCGAAUACCAAGAUGACGAUGAGACCGAACCCACGGCCAAACGGCAGAAGACAAUGCCUCACUCAACCGCACCCGCAAAAAUGACUGCUCCGGUGACUUCCGAGGCAGUAACCAAGUCUAAACGUCGCGACCGCACCACCAGCGAACACGACGACAAUGACGAGACUGAGCCCAUGGCCAAGCGGCAGAAGACAGUUUCCACCCUAACGGCACAUGCCAAAGAGACCACUUCGGUGGUUUCUGGGACUUCUACGCCUGAUGUUCUGAGCGCUCAGCAUCCCCUGUUUGAGCCUGCAGCCGCGAAAUCGGACAAGCGCCCAGGGCGGCAGAUGAGCGACAGUAGUCCAUUGAGCGACCCGAUGUCUCAGAUCUCAGUGCCUGAGACUACAGCUGCGCCUUCCGGAGGUUCAAUGGCGCCGCCCUCUCUUGAUGCCGCCGCACAGAUCAUAGGCAUGCCGUCCGAAGCCCCAACGGCGCCGCCUUCGCUUGAUGCCUCGACACAGACCACAGCUCCUACGCCGCGCGCCGAUCAAGAAACUACCACUCGAAAGCCGACUCCAGAGCCUUAUAGGUGGGUACCGUACAAUGGCCCUGUGGAUCGCAACGAUCCGGUGGACGGCAAGUGGGUCUCGAGAAAUAUGGAGUCGGCUGGAGACGAGCUCUUCACAUCAGUACUGGCAUACUGUCAAUUGAACAACAUUGACCCUGAAGCUCGUUCGACGUUCGUACCGAAGCCAUCUCCGGAGUUGGCCGCACUUUACGAGAAGAUGUUUGGCGUUGAAGACUGGCGUAUGAAGGUGUCAGACCUCGAGGUCAACAAUCAAGAUAGCGAAUGCCAGCAGGUCUACACUCUGAUGGGCCUUCUCGGCACUGGGAUUCGGUCCCUGGUAUUCGAGUCGGGCUUACCAUGGGACUUCCAGGAAAAAUUGGAGACUUUCUUGGGAGCAGAGCUGGAUGUCCUGAAAGGUGUACUGGCCAAAUUUUAUCGCCACAACUACGACGGAUUCGUGAGAAAAAUAAAAGAAGCUCAGAUCCUCAAGCCCGAGUUCCAGGAGGACCAAGUCGCUGCGCACGCCAGCCAGCUUGCGAAUCAGCUAACUGAGAUUCUUCGGCCACACUUCCUGCUUCUGCAGAAGGGGAAUCCGCCGGAGGACCCGCUGGACGUCCAGCACUGGGGAUACUAUCUCAAAGAGGCGUUCUCGAAGGCCAUCAUCGUCAAGCAGAUGAUAUCCGCGUCUCCAUUUGGACCGUUCACUCUGGGAGACGCUGUCUUCGGAACACCGGUCGAUCGAGUGAACCAGAAGCCACGGUACGAGUUCAGUCAAGGGAAGGCGCAAAACGUCUUCUACGGCGUGUUGCCGGGAAUCGUGAGGAAUACGCCCGACGGCAGAAUGGUCACGUGGUCGAAAACUCUUCUGAUCCCUUACAAGGCGCGGUCGGCGGGACACACGGAGAGAUCGGAGGCCAGCGUCUGA